CCUCAUAGCAUGGCAUCUCCAUCUGGGGGUCAAGGGCCGGUGAGUUAUUCUCAGCUUGCAUGCGAGCCCUGUAGAAAAGGCAAGCGGCGAUGUGACCGCGUGUUGCCGAGCUGUGAGCUGUGCUCUCGAAAGGGGGUCGAAUGCGUCUACCUCUCGCGUCGUCGGAGUCGUCAGACUCGUCGGAGACCGAUACAGACUCGAUCCGAAAGCCGAUUGGCCGCUGCAGCUACACCAAACAAUGUUUCAAGCUCCAGUGUGAAUGUUUCAUGCUCGGAUAGUCGAGUUGAUGGCCAAGGCUCUCAUUUUGGUACUCCUUUUGUGAGCCUCGAAUCCCCUACAGCCUCAGAGAACACCACUUCGGCUACUGCGUUGUACUUUAUCGCACCACACAUCUUCCAGCAGGCACAGCUUGAGCUGCCGCAGAUUCAUCUCUCGAUUCCAGCAAAGCUGACGCCAUUCCAAAAUGAUUCUUCUCGCAUCCGGAGCAUCGCCUAUAAUUUCUUCGACUCGAUCCACUGGUGGAUGCCUGUCAUCUCGAAAAGGGGAUUCUUUGCGCACAUGUUGAAUCCCCUAUCACAACGCCGAAGCGAACUCAGUCUGCUCAUUAUAUGCAUGCAGCUUUGUUGCGAGCCUGACCUUGGCUCCGCCACGGGGACGCUUGACGCCAAAGCUUUGUAUCACAAUGCCAAGAGAUUACACUUUGAGAUGGAGGCCUCUGGUGUCUUUUCACUGCGAGUCCUCCAAGCGGGCAUCUUGAUUGCGCUUUACGAGCUUGGGCAAGCUAUAUACCCUGCCGCGUAUCUAACAGUUGGCUCUUGCGCGCGGUAUGCCACAGCAAUUGGUGUCGAUCAGCUGAGAGACGACGAUACAUCUAGUGGCUAUGGGAAUUCUCGCACACUGUCUGAAGUUGAGGAACGAAGACGUGCCUGGUGGAUCAUUCUCUUCUUGGAUCGAUUUUUGAACAUCUGUAAACCUGGCAGGUCGCUCGCAACCAAGACUCCGACGUUUGACGACUUGCUUCCGGUUGAUGACAAGUUGUGGGACGACGGCACGCUUAAAGUGAGCGACUUUUACACCAUAUCCCAAGCAUUUACUCUCCAGAUGGGCAUGUUUUCCCGGUUUGGGCAGGCCACCUAUAUGCUCAGCCAGGCUCUCGACCUUGUGAGCCCGGAUAACCAACAAAGCGCAAUCGAUAGAAGCCAGCAGAUGGCUCAAUUAAGACGAACGUUGUUUGCAUUAAUGACUGUUUCAAAUGCCGAAGCUGAUGCUAGAGAGCUGAGGAUAUGCGCCGGCUUCUGUCCCCAACUAUCUAUUUGCUCUAGUACUAUAUUCCUUCUUCAAGAGUAUCAAUGGCGAGUAAAUAGCAAUAACAUGAGCGAUGUACCCAACAUCGUCUCAGCAACAGACACCUGGGAGGAGACUCUAUCAUCUCUGGACUACAUUGCUACAACUUGUCAAGGCUUUCGGGAUCAGAUGGUAGACACCACUUCCGUGCUGGUCGCAACUCCAUUUUUAGCCCACGUGUCGUAUCAGGCAGCAUUGCUUCUGAUUAGGAUGGGACAAGGAGCUCCUGGUAGCAUCGCAGCUGAGCGUAUAUCGCUCUUUAAGGACCUGUUGCGAGAUAUUGCCACUAGAUGGAAGAUUGCUAACGUCUACUUGAGUAUCUUGGAGGCGCAAGAAAUCACGACUGCUUCCGAGGCCAUGUGCGGCCCUCGGCCUUUGAGGUAUUCUCAUGAAACCAAUGGUAAUGGGGGGGUAACUGAAUAA